AUGGGCGAUGAAGCUCGUUGUGCAAUCCGUGGACAUUGUGGAUCGAAGUCACGGUGGGGCAAAGAGUUGCCAUGUCCAUACGAUGGUCCCCCUCAAGAGCCUGAAGACGAUGAGGUCCGCGAGUUACUCGUAGACGUUUGUGGUGAGCAGUUUGCCGAAGGUCCAGUUUGCUGUACACGGGACCAGGUCGACGUCCUCCGCGAUAACUUCGAGCCUGUGGAGACUCUCUUGGCAUCUUGUCCUGCGUGCAGGAACAACUUCCGAUCAUUCUUCUGCUCAAUGACCUGCUCCCCGAACCAAGGCCAUUUCCUCAAUGUCACGUCGACACAACUUUCCUAUGACGAGAGACUUGCAGUGAAGUCUCUAGACUUCUUUGUCGGAGAGGAAUACGCGAAUGGUUUCUAUGACAGCUGUAAAGAGGUCAAGUUGGGUGCAGCAAAUAGUUAUGCAAUGGAUUUCAUUGGCGGAGGUGCUAAAAAUGCUAAAGCAUUCUUGAAAUUUCUUGGAGACGAGAAAGACAUCGGAAGUCCGUUCCAGAUUGACUUCGCGUAUUCCAAUCGUCCGGAAUUUGAACAGUUCAAUCCAACACCACGAAGAUGUUCCGAUGGAGAUUUGCAGAGCCGAUGCACCUGUAUCGAUUGCUCAGACAUAUGUCAAGCGCUGCCCCCUGUAUCGCCGCCAGGCUCGGAAUCGUACUGCCAUGUUGGCAAGAUCUCAUGUCUCACCUUCGUCAUGACAAACAUUUACGGGAUAGUCGUUAUUGCAUGCAUCGUAGCCUAUGUUUUCAAUCUUACACUACGACGCAGACGGGACAAGAAACUAGAUCGCCUUACCGUACCAGGAGAAGACCCAGCAGACAACCCACUUUCACCUCGGUCACAUACUCGUAGUUUAUUAGGGGCAUCUUCUCUUCCUCACGGUCCUGAAGAAUCGUAUGGAGGCCAGUCCAGUGACUUCAGGCAUCUUGGCCGCGGCGCAUCUCUCCUCGACCCUAUCGAAACCUUACAACCUCGACAGUACCGAUUGAAUGCAUUCUUGCGAAGGUCAUUCUACCGUUUAGGAUUGCUCUGUGCAACCUCACCAUGGCUCACAUUUGCUACCGUUUUCGCCAUAUUCGCUUUACUGAAUAUUGGUUGGAAGAGGUUUGAAGUCGAGACGGAUCCAGUUCGAUUGUGGGUUGCGCCGAAUUCGGAGAGCAAACUACAGAAGGAAUUCUUCGACCAACAUUUCGGACCGUUCUAUAGGCCGCAGCAGAUAUUCAUCACAUCCGCUCCUCUAAGUGCAUCAAGGCGCUCCCUGACUGCUGGAUCGACCGAUCCGGUCACGCCACUGGCUUUAGAGGACGACCUUCCGCCAGUGCUUUCUUAUGAUCAUAUAAAAUGGUGGUUCGGUAUUGAAUCCAAUAUUCGGUCGCUCGUGUCUCCUAACGGCUAUGAACUCUCCGAUGUUUGCUUCAGCCCAGCCGGCCCAGGAACGCCCUGUGUAGUUCAAUCAAUAACGGCUUGGUUCGAUUAUGAAAUUGACGGGUAUGAAGACCUCUGGAAAGACCAAAUAAUGACCUGCGCCUCCGCUCCUACGGAAUGCCUCCCGGAUUUCAAACAGCCACUUGGGCCCGAAUAUGUUUUAGGAGGCCUUCCGAAUGGUCCAAACGUGACGGACGCAGAGGAGUACUUAGAGGCUCGUGCGAUGGUCGUGAAUAUCGUAGUUAACGACUCUCUCGAUCCAGAGAAGCAAGCAAUGGCUAUGGACUGGGAGCGAGCACUUCGUGGAUAUCUGGAACAUGUCGGCGAAAUUGCGCCGCAAGAAAUCGGCCUGAACAUCCAAUUUUCGACAGGCGUGUCCCUUGAGGAAGAGCUCAACAAGAGCACGAACACGGAUGUGAAAAUCGUAGUCCUUUCGUAUCUUGUCAUGUUCUUCUAUGUUGCAUUGACACUCGGAAACAAUGCCGUUGUCCCGAGCGAAGAUGGCACCUUGAAGUCACUUUCGGACUGGGUAGUCAACCUUCCACGGUACUUCAGAAACAAGCUCUCAACAUCCCCCGUCACCUUCGAAUCUGAGUAUACUCCGACUCUACUACCUCGCCUUGGCAGAAGUAUUUUCGUAAAUUCGAAAUUUACGCUUGGUCUCUUUGGUAUUUGUUUAGUGAUUUUGUCAGUCACGUCAUCCGUUGGAUUUUUCUCUGCAAUCGGUGUCAAGGUCACCCUCAUCAUAGCCGAAGUCAUUCCGUUCUUGGUACUGGCUGUCGGUGUCGACAACGUAUUUAUCCUUGUGCACGAGCUCGACAGACAAAACGUGCUUCACGGCCCGAAUGCAUCCGCAUACGCACAGAAUAUCGGUGCAGGGUCAGGAACAACUACCGCUACUGCCACUCAAAUACGGCCUUCUCCAUUUUCAUCGACUCAUGAUGAAUCUAUUGACGCGGCCUCGGUUCCGAUUCAUUUCACAGCGGAGGAGCGCGUGGCAAGAGCAUUAGCGAAAAUGGGACCUUCCAUUCUCCUAAGCUCUAUUACAGAAGUAACAGCGUUUGCGCUGGGUGCCUUGGUGCCCAUGCCUGCUGUACGAAACUUUGCUCUUUAUGCUGCGGGAAGCGUCUUCUUGAAUGCAAUACUUCAAGUGACGGUCUUUGCCAGUGCCUUGACUCUGGACCUACAUCGCGUUGAGGCGAGCAGGGUGGAUUGUUUCCCUUGUGUCAGACUCCCACCUAGGAUAGCACUUCUGGAAGGUCCUCCGAUAGGUGCAAGUAUGGGGAGACUCACCAAGUUUAUUCGAAGGAGAUAUGCGCCGUUCUUGCUGCAACCUGUCGUAAAGGGCAUUGUGCUGCUUGCUUUUGGUGGUCUUUUCGUUUUAUCCGUCAUUUCUAUUCAGCAUAUUCAGCUAGGACUUGAUCAACGCCUGGCUCUUCCGUCUGAUUCGUACCUGGUUCCUUACUUCGAUGCAGUGGACAAGUAUCUGGACGUCGGGCCUCCUGUGUACUUCGUAGCAAGUAAUGUUGAUGUGCAGACAAGAACAGGCCAGAGGCAUUUGUGUGGUAGAUUUACCACUUGUGACGACUUCUCUUUGGCGAACGUUUUGGAGGCAGAACUCGAUCGGAAGGAAUCAUCGUUCAUAUCUCAACCUGCUGCAUCGUGGAUUGACGAUUAUCUGCAUUGGCUUGAUCCAGCUAAUGGGUGCUGUCGUGUACGAAUAAACAAGCCAGAAGUGUUUUGCAAGGCCCGGGACUCACCUCGUGUUUGUCGUUCUUGCUUUGAAGGCCGUAAACCAGCAUGGAACAUCACGAUGAAUGGGCUUCCGGAAGGUGACGAAUUUAUGUGGUAUCUCAAGGAAUGGCUGCAGGCGCCAUCAGAUGAGAGUUGCGCCUUGGGUGGACAAGCUGCUUACUCAACUGCAUUGUCAAUCAGCUCGAACAACAGAGUUAGCGCAUCUCAUCUCCGGACGUCUCAUACACCACUAAAGUCGCAGGCGGACUUCAUAAAUUCGCUGACUGCAGCACGGCGAAUUGCUGACAGCAUUUCAGAAUGGACGGGUAUCCGUGUCUUCCCAUACUCGAUCCACUACGUUUUCUUCGACCAAUACAUACACGUUGUUGCAAUCACACAGGAGAUACUCGGCCUUGGUCUUGCAGCCGUCCUAGUGAUUACGUCUCUGUUAUUGGGGUCAUGGAGAACUGGAUCAAUUGUAACUGCUGUUGUCGCGUUGACGGUAACGAGUGUCAUGGGUAUUAUGGGUGUAUGGGGAAUCAGUCUCAAUGCAAUCAGCUUGGUGAACCUUGUCAUUUCCUUGGGAAUCGCCGUUGAGUUCUGCGCGCAUAUCGCCCGGGCGUUUAUGGGUGCUGGAACUGGUCUACCUGUCGAUGUAUACUCCAAGCAGAAGGAACGUGAUGAACGGACGUGGACGGCCUUGGUUGACGUCGGGCCUUCAGUGCUGUCCGGAAUCACUUUCACUAAAUUGAUUGGUAUAUCUGUACUAGCCUUGACAAGAUCUAAGCUCUUGGAGAUCUACUAUUUCCGCAUGUGGCUCACACUCAUCAUUUCUGGUGCCCUGCACGGCCUGGUUUUACUGCCAGUAAUCCUGAGUUACGCAGGCGGACGCGGCUAUGCCUUAGAAGACGCCGACGAAGAGUGGAUGAGCACUUCCAUCCGGAGAUACGAGUAUACCCCGUUCCUCGCUGACGAUGAGUCGGAACACAGUGACUAAGACGAAACUGAAUUUUCUAAUGAUGAGCUGUGCUUGUUCAGUAAUUACUACUAGUAGAAGCAUUUUAGACACGCAAGUAAUAAACAACAUUAUGACCUGACAGACAAAGAAGAAGAAAAAUAGCGAAGCUUGAAAGAUAGAUCAAUCGUCUUUGAUGGACAUUGGGGACCUUGAACGACUGUCUCGAAUGUCAUCCCUACUGUAGCUCCUCCUUGCCCUGCUACGUGAUUGUGAAUAGCUCCUGCUGCUCCUGCUACGAGAACGCCUCGAAUAAGAAGAAUAUGACCGAGAGCGAGAGCGCGGCGUCCUUGACGGAGAACGUGAUGGGGUGUAGUCAGACCGACUACGAGAGCGACUGGAAUAUGGAGAGUAGCUUCGCGAUCUGGAGCGUCCGCGACCGUGGCCUAUUCCUCCUCUCUCGUAACUUGGUGAGCGUCUCCUAGGACCCAACCGACCUGAUGGGCGCCGAAUGGGUGAACGAGAACGGGUUCGAGAACGAGAGUACGGUCUGUAUGAGUCCCUUUGUGGUGGUCCACGCCGCCCUCCAAAGCCUCCUCUACUACGAUAGGAGUCUCCAAAUCGCAUGCCUCUACCAAAUGGUGAGCGGCGACGUGUCAUAGGUGGUCCUCGCGAACGUGAAUGCGACGGUGAACGAGAGUACGACCGGUGUACGUCACGGCCGUUGCGUCCGUACCGUGCUCGGGACCUCGACCGCGAGCGUACUGGAAGGUCAGACAACUCUACUCUCAGAACUGCCCCGUCGAGCUGCCCUCCAUCCAUGUGAGAAGCCGCUUUGUGCGCCGCAGCGGACGACGCGAACUCCAGAGCUGCUUUUCCCCGAUUUUGUCCGGAUUUAGCGAAUAUUGGAAGGUCGACUUUCGUAACGUCGCCAUAAAAGCCAAAGAUGCUGCGAAGGUGCCCUUCGACGACGUUUCGUGUCAAGUUGGUGACAAUGACAACCUUUGCGAGAGGUUUGUCCUGCGGUGGCAAGUCGCGGUCCAUGUCGACGUCCACAUCUCGAUUACCGAGUGGGUGUGGGGAAGGUGAGCGGCC